UUUAUUUGACCACAUUAGGCUACACGACAGAUUGGUCUGGAUUAACAGUAGCCUACUAAUGGCCAAAAAUGUGUGUCCGUAAUGUAAUUUGUGAUAAACAGCCAUCAACGCUCGUACGUCCUGUCUCCUCCCACCCAUUAGACGUUAUUGUUGCUCCGUGGCAGGGGCUAGGACUUACAGCAGCUGGCUUGUUUAUGAUGUAUGUGGUAGAUGGUCGUCAGAUAUAAUGAGUAACCGCAAAAGGCAUGUUCAUUGCUGAGGAGAUACACUGUGAGAUGGAAUAUAUUAGUGGGUGUCAUUCACCAUGGCAAGCUACUGUACUACUAGGGCAUUUCCUCAGCAUCUGAGCAGAGGAUGAACCUGAGGAAAGGCAGCAAGGUGGCAGGGGACUGUGACAGCCCCCAGAUGGAGAGCAAGGCACCUGAGCAGACACACAACAUGGGGCAGAAGAAUGGAGAGAUCAUGGAAUCUGAAGAGGUGGAGAAUGGCAAGUCUGAACCCAUAGUCCCUGUGGCCAUGGAUGGGCCCGUAACUGCACCUGAUGGGGGUUGGGGCUGGGUGGUGUUGGUGUCCACCAUCCUGGUGCUAGCCCUGACUCUGGGCUUCCCCUCCUGCAUAGGUAUUUUCUACACGGACCUACAGACAGAGUUCCAGGCCAGCAACCAAGAGACUUCCUGGGUGCCUUCAAUAAUGGUAUCAGUGCUUCAUGCUGGAGGUCCAUUCUGCAGUGUAAUGGUGGAGAGGUUUGGUUGCCGGACGACGGUGAUGGUGGGUGGGGUCCUGAGUGGUCUUGGAAUGGCGGCCAGCUCAUUUACCCACACCAUCACUGAGCUCUACGUCACAGCUGGGGUUAUUACAGGACUUGGAUUCUGCUUCAGCUUCCAGCCCGCAGUAACUAUUCUCGGGCACUAUUUUGUGCGGCGGCGGGCUUUCGCCAACGCAAUGUCGUCCACGGGCACUGCCCUGGGCCUGUGCACCCUGCCCCUCCUGGGAAACUACCUUCACGCUGAGCUGGGCUGGCGGGGGAGCUUUCUGGUUCUGGGGGCCGUCCUGCUCAACUGCUGUGUGUGUGGAGCUGUGAUGAGGCCAGUGUGGGGCCACAGACAUUGUGGCCAGCCCCUGAUGAACCACGGGCCUCUUCAGCCAGAGGAGGAGAAGCCAAAGGGGAGGAUGAGGGCCUUGUGGGCCGGUCUGAAGGCCGCCUUGCACCAUCACAUGGCCUUUGACCUCUUAUGUAACAAUCUGCGUUACCGCGUGUACGCUGUGGGCAUCACUUGGAUGAUGCUUGGCUUCUUGGUGCCGCUGAUCUACCUUGUGCCCUACGCCACGGCCCACGACAUGGAGCAGAGCCGGGCCGCCCUCCUCCUCUCCAUCCUGGGUAUCGUCAACAUCGUGGUGCGGCCGCCCAUUGGCCUGGUCUUCAGUCUGCCCUGGUUCAAGGGGCGCCACAUCUACGUGUUCUCUGCUGCUCUGCUGAUGAACGGGCUGAGUAAUAGUAUCUGCUGUAUCGAUGCCAGCUUCCCCGUGCUGCUGGUGUACGUGGUGACCUACGGCCUGUCCAUGAGCGUGGUGGGCUCGCUGAUGUUCACCGUCCUCAUGGAUACGUUGGAUAUGAGUCGCUUCCCCGCUGCCCUGGGCCUGCUCGCCAUCAUGGAGAGUGUCACACUACUGAUGGGGCCCCCGCUCGCAGGAAUCCUGGUGGACAGAACUGGGGAGUAUUUUUACGUCUUCUUCGCCUGCAGUGCGACUGUUGCCUCAUCAGCUGUAUUCCUCAUGGUGUCUUUCUACUGGCUGGACAGAAAGGUGCUAAAGGGGCAGCAGGUGCCACCGCAGGUCUCCCCACCAAAGCCUGCCAGUGUUAACAAUGUGGUCCCCCAGUGCCAGUACAGCAGUGUGCCCACCAAUGGGGACAAAGACAAGGCCUCAGACUCUGAGGAUGUCAGCUGCCUGUGAACAGCGUCAUAGUCCAAACACAUACCCCAAACUCACAGAUGUAUAUUUCCUAUGAUUUUGUGAUUGUAUACACUGUGCUGCUGAUCAUACACAGUACAAGUGUAUGAUAAUUGAUAUGAUAUCCCAAUCUGUUAGGAUCUGACACUCCAAUCAUAGUAUACCCACUCUUGACUGUUAGAGUAUUGGUGAGUGCAACUGGGUUGAGUAUUUCAUCCAAUGGGUUCAUGCUAGGAGUGGAUUAUUCAUUGCUAUUACAGUCUGCACUGUUUAUGCAGACUAAUACUGUUAUUGGUGAUUGAAUACAGUACUUUUUCACACAUUCCAUAAACCUGUGCCUUUCCCGCUCA